CAUUCAUUUUCUGCCGUCGCGUUGCUUUCGCACAGUCGGAGAGUGUGAGAAGAAAAUUAGUUUCUGCCUCACCAGAACAAAGAAAAGUGCGAAAUUGUGCGUUUUUCCGAAUGCGGCGAUACGGUAUAGUGCGUUGUGUGCUGGUGCAAACAUAGAAUGAGUGCAUUAAUAUUCCGCUCGGGAUCGAAAUUGCCUUCCAGUUGAGAUGUAUAAAAAAUGAAUGAAGGCGAUACGGCGGGAGGGCAACGUGGUCGAAACCUGGCCCUUCCUGCUGGGAUUUAUCGAAAGACAUCAACCACUAGUAAUACUGUCCAGUUAGUUACUGGCACGCUCGAUUCCACUAUACCAAUGUCUCGCUCGUUAAAUGAAGACCAACAGCAGCAACUGGAACAGUCUCAACAACAACAGCAACAACCGCACCACCACCAGCAGCAGCAACAGCAGCAGCGGGAUCAACAACAGCAGGGUCAGCAAAUGCAGCCUGCCGGAACACCGACGUCGUCAUCGUCAUUGUCGUCACCUCACAAAGGUUUACCGCAGCAACAGUCGCCAACUAACCAGCCGUGUCCUAGUAACAGCAACGUAAAUAUCGCAGUAGUAACAGAUGCAUCUAGUGGUCAACAGUUGUCAUCGGCACCUUCUCAUACCCCACAACAGCACCAACAGCAUCAGCAAAAUAUUAUUAGUGCUAGCAGUGGCACGGCAGCGAAUAAUGCCAGUGGUGGCAGUAUUGAGACCCAUAAUGCUAACAUUACCAGUACGACGCCGGUCGGUGAACGAACAGGAAGUGGUUUCGCGGAAAGUGAAGGCGGCGGAGGAAGAGGACGAGGAGGGGGAACAACCCUCACCGGUGUUGAGGGUGGUGUUGGUGUAGUGGUGUUGCCAGGAACGCAGCAACGCGAAAGUGAAAGUAAUAGUGGUGGUGGUGUUGGUGGUGGUGUAAGUGAAGCUCCCGGCGACGAAAGUACGUUUGUUGUUGCGGAAAAGAGAGCAAUCGAGGGUGGUCCGGGUGCGGGUAGUGUGACGGAAGUUGUGGGAACAGCUAGUGAGGGCAUAGUGGUGGUUGGAACGAGUGGAGUUGGGAAAUCGUAUACUAAAACAAACACUGCAUCAUCCUACUCGCCGUCGGUUGCUGCAGCUGGUGGACAAACGGUGCUGCCUGUUGCUGGUGCGCCCGCAGCAUCGACACUUGUUGGUUCGGUUACGGUUUCGAAAAAGCGCAUCAAGCUAGAGACGGAACCGGAGCAUGACAUCAGCGCGCUCAAGAAACUGAUUCUUGAACAAAAGUACAUGCGAUUGCGAAGUAUCAAAGAAAGAUACAAUGAACACGUAGCAGAAUUGUUUUUUCUUCAAACUGGAGGCAAUAUGAUGGAAUAUCCCGUAUGGAGAAAGAAGCCACCGACACCCGCAUUCACCAACUUCGUUCGCUCGUACAAGCUGGAACCGUUGUCUAGCAAUCUGGAAGAGGCCGGAGAAGCAUUGAAGCAGUCGUCAAAUCGUUCGCUCAGCGCAAUUUCUACUACAUCCAGUGGCAGCAUCUGCAACACUAUUGGCAGUGUUAGUGGGACGCCAGUAGUGGUGAGUGGUAAUAAUGGUAGCGGCGAUGAUACCGCGACUACAGGUUUACCACAGGGAGCGGAAAUUAAAAUACCCGGUGUGGGCGCAACGCCUGUUGCCGUUUCGACUACUCUGCCGGCAGCUGUGGCACAACUUAGUCAGCAAGGUGGUACGCCGAUUAUUCCGGACAGGAUUGGAAUUGGGAUUACGCCCGCAGCAACGUCCACUAUUGAUCGGAAAAAGCAAAUUGCUGGAUCCGUCGCCGUCAGUGGGCACAUGAUCAAGAGUGAGCUGCUGCUUGAGGGUGGAAAUGCGUCACCGCAUGGAAUUAGCUGUGGAACGAAUGGGCCGAACCUGCCUAACACUCGAGGAGGAAGUAUUACCGUCCCAAGCACGCGUAACAGCAGCUCUACUGGAGCAAGUGCUGCCGGCUCAUCCUCCAGAAAUGUUGGCAACAUUCAUCAAAAUGGGCCUGGCCUGGGGAACGGAACCACCACUCCUGGAGCGCUGGCGCUGGUGGCGGAAGGUCAACAACUUGGUGGUGCAGCAGGAGGAACAAAUCCCGCUAGCAAUAGCAAUGGCUCAGGUACCGAACCGUACACCAACAAAGCACGACAGGAGGUGUUCGUUAUGCAGCGCGUGCAGGAACUGCAGAAGGAAGGCCUCUGGACGGAAAAACGCUUACCAAAGGUGCAAGAACCGGCACGGCCGAAAGCCCACUGGGAUUAUUUGCUGGAGGAAAUGGUGUGGCUGUCGGCCGAUUUUGCCCAGGAACGGAAAUGGAAGAAAGCGUGUGCGCGCAAGUGCGCCCGCAUGGUGCAGAAACACUUCCAGGACAAGGCACUAGCGGCUCAGCGUGCGGAGAAAGCGCAGGAAUUGCAGCUGCGGCGGAUAGCCGCGUUCGUUGCGAAGGAAAUCAAAACGUUUUGGGCGAAUGCGGAAAAGCUGGUCGACUACAAGCAUCAGACGAAGCUGGACGAGAAGCGCAAGAAGGCGCUCGAUCAGCAGCUAAGCUUUAUCGUCGAUCAGACGGAAAAGUAUUCGCAACAGUUGGUCGAAGGCAUGAACAAGACGCCCGCUGGUACGUUGGCGGUCGCCGCAGGUAGUAAAGCGGAAAGCUUAAAUUCGUCCCGCAUUUCUUCGCCACGGCGCGGUGGUGGGCUUCUGACGGCUUCGGAUGAUGAAUUUUGUCCGGAGGCGGAAAGUUCCGGAGAUGACGAGGAAACGAUUGCGAAAGCGGAAGCCGAAGCAGCGGGGGCAGAGGAUCGCAUUAAGGACGAGGUGGCCGCGCUACAGAAAGAGUCCGAAAUGGAUUUGGACGAUUUUCUAAAGAAUUUGCCGAAAGAUUAUUUGGAAAAUCGAGACAAAAUCGUGCUGUCCGACAAUGAUGAGGGGGAGGAUGGUAAAAGUGCCGCUGCUGGCGAUGACGACGAGGAAGGUGAUAAGGAUUUUAGUGCCGAUGAAGAUAGUACCGAUUGCGAGGACACGAUACGGGAACAGGAAAAGAGCGAACGGAAUCAGGAUCAUAAGAAGGAAAUCGAUGAACUGAAUGCUGACAAUGAGAUGAGCAUUGAGGAAUUAAUGGCGAAGUACAACAAAAACGUUCCUUCUGCGGGCGGCGAAAAAAUGGAUAUCGAUUCGGAUGAGGACGAUGCGGUGGUCCAGCAAAAUUUAUCAGCAAGGGAUCGAAAACGGAGAAGAACUCGAAGCCAACCGAUGUCCUCCGAUUCAUCACCAUCGGACGAUAGCGAUGAUGAUGAUGAUGAUGCUGAUGCUGAUUCUGACGACAAUAGCGAAGGUCUGACAGGUUCCGAUGAUGACAUCAGUGAGGAAGAAACGGAUGCAAGUGAAGAUGCGAUGGAUGCCGAAGAUUCUUUCGGUUUGAAAAAUCUACUCGACGAUGAAGCUGGAGACACUAACUCCGGAUCGGGGGCAGCUUCGGGAGCAGUUCCCAGCAAAAGUCAAAGUGAAAAAGACGAUAUGCUGAACGAUGCUGCCGCCAUCGCGGAAAGUAUUCAACCGAAGGGUAACACACUUUCGUCUACUAGCGUGGUAACCCCAAUUCCCAUCCUGCUGAAACAUUCGCUCCGGGAGUAUCAGCAUAUCGGGCUGGAUUGGCUCGUGACGAUGCACGAUCGCAAGCUGAACGGUAUACUUGCGGAUGAGAUGGGUUUGGGUAAGACGAUACAGACGAUCUCGUUGCUCGCCCAUCUGGCUUGCGUGAAGGGUAACUGGGGUCCUCAUCUGAUCAUUGUACCCUCGUCGGUAAUGCUCAACUGGGAGAUGGAAUUUAAAAAGUGGUGCCCGGGGUUUAAAAUACUCACCUACUACGGUACACCGAAAGAGCGGAAACUGAAGCGUACCGGCUGGACGAAGGUGAACGCGUUUCAUGUGUGUAUCACGUCGUACAAGCUGGUCAUCCAGGAUCAUCAAAGCUUUCGGCGGAAAAAGUGGAAGUAUCUCAUCCUGGACGAGGCGCAAAACAUAAAAAAUUUCAAAUCUCAACGCUGGCAACUGUUGCUAAACUUUCAAACUGAACAACGAUUACUACUCACCGGCACACCGUUGCAGAACAAUUUGAUGGAACUGUGGUCGUUGAUGCACUUUCUGAUGCCGCACGUAUUUCAAUCGCAUCGCGAAUUCAAGGAAUGGUUCUCGAAUCCGAUGGCCGGCAUGAUUGAAGGCAAUUCCGAUUACAAUGAAACGAUUAUCAAGCGCCUUCACAAGGUUCUGCGACCAUUUUUAUUGCGGAGGUUGAAAUCGGAAGUGGAAAAACAGAUGCCACAGAAGUACGAACAUGUGAUUAUGUGCCGAUUAUCCAAGCGACAGCGUUUUCUCUACGAUGACUUUAUGAGUCGAGCCAAGACGAGAGAAACGCUAGCCUCGGGCAAUCUACUGAGCGUUAUCAACGUGCUAAUGCAGCUACGAAAAGUGUGCAACCAUCCAAACAUGUUCGAGGAACGACCGACGAUAUCACCCUUUCGCAUGGAGGGUAUAAGCUUCAAGACGGCCUCCCUCGUGUACAAUAUGUUCAACUACGAUCCGUUCACUCAAAUUGAUCUGUCUUCCUUAAAUUUAGUUUUAAUUCAACUGGAACUGUUACUGCCCGCGUACGUAGCCCACCGGAUGCAGCACCUUUGCAUGCCGAAACGUUUGAUCGAAGAGAUCGACUCCACGCCCAUGACACCGCCCCGCUGCCCGACCGGGAAGCUACGGUUGCACGUGCGCAUACCGGACGUGCGCGUGCAGGAAUCGGUUGGUAGCGGUGGUCGUCCGCGGGCCGGCGUUAGUGCCAGUACGGGUGUGCGCGUCGGUACCAGUCCAGCAAUGAAGACUGAAGGGACGAAAUUCGUUCCGCUUGUUGUAAAUCAUGAAGCAUCAUUAGAUAAGAAAUCAUCACUCAUCGGUGGUACGGGAGGAGUUCACUCGCGCGUGUUGGAAAUUAGAAAGCGAAUGGCAUCGUCGUCGACGGUCAUGAUGAUGAUGGGUGCGGCGGGAUCAGCGGCGUCGUCAUCCGGCACAGCAAUAGAUUCUGCCGGUAAUAGUGGAAUAAGCAGCAGAAGCAUGUCGCCCGGUUUAAUUUUACGUAAACGUAGUGAUAUUGGUGGUAGUGUCAUGUCGGUGACCGGUGGAAUCGGCGCCAUUCCUCAGCAACAACAGCAGAACCGAUUAAACACCGGUCAAGUGGUGCAGAUCAUUCCUCAGGUGGCGUCUGGUGUAUUAGGCACGAAUUCUACGGCACAAUCGUACAUCAUAACCGGACGACUGCAACCGGCGAUUGCUGGAAGCCACCAGACAACCAUUUUUCAUCGACCCUCUUCAUCAUCGACGGGAAUUAGUGUGGUGCCGUCGCCGACGGCAACGCAGCGAAUAGCAGCAACGUUGCAGAUGAAGGGACCAGUGAAUGCCAUCUCCACACCAGCAGCAGCACCCGCAACAGCAGCAAACGUUAGCAGUCGAAUGGUACAAAAUGUUGGUCAACAGACGCAGAUCUCAUCCACGCUGGCGGCAACGAUAAUGAAGCGACUCAAGCACAGUUCAUGUUUCUUGAAACGUGGUGAGAACGACACGAGUAGAUCCGGAUCCUUCGAAACAACGGACACGGACGAACAGCAACGGACCGAGUUCUAUUUGGCGUGUAUCGAGGAAACGCGCAAAGAGCGCCGUAAGGAGGUGCUAGAGCUGCUGGGACGCAUCAAUGCAAAGCGUUGCGAUGCGGCACCAAUUUACGGUAAAGAUUUGCGCGAAUCGUUGUGUGCACUGAUCGAGGAAGAGUUUAAACAGCGGUCCGAUGAGCUGAUACCGUUCGGCGUUGCCGGUUUGUACUACACACGGCAGCGGGCAGUGACGCAUAGUGCGGCUAGCUGGUGUCUGUCCGAAGCGAUCAAAACCAUUGACCAGCGGGCGGAUGAGCUGCGUGCGAUGAUCUCAAACUUUGUCCUCUUUGUACCUGCUGUGUGUGCUCCGACUCCGCAAUUGCAAGUGUCGCAUCCGCAUCCCUCCAAGCUGAAUGCCGAACAACAGUGGGAGGCAACGAUGGCGCAGCAGAUCCAGCCAGCCAUCCAGCUGUUGCAUCCUAUCAUAUCUGCCAUGAGUACCCAGUUUCCGGACCCCCGUUUAAUACAGUACGAUUGUGGCAAGCUUCAGACGCUGGAUCGCUUGCUGAAGAAGCUAAAAUCGGAAGGUCAUCGUGUGCUUAUCUUCACGCAAAUGACCCGUAUGCUGGACGUGCUGGAAGCGUUUUUAAACUAUCACGGACACAUUUACUUGCGGCUGGACGGUACAACCAAGGUGGAACAGCGGCAGGUGCUGAUGGAACGCUUCAACAACGAUCGGCGCAUGUUUGCCUUCAUUCUGUCCACCCGGUCCGGUGGUGUUGGCAUUAAUUUGACCGGCGCUGAUACUGUGAUAUUUUACGACUCGGACUGGAAUCCCACAAUGGACGCACAGGCCCAGGAUCGUUGCCAUCGGAUUGGGCAGACGCGCGAUGUCCACAUUUACCGGUUGAUUAGCGAAAAGACGAUCGAAGAAAAUAUUUUAAGGAAAGCGAAUCAGAAACGGUUGCUCGGCGAUCUGGCGAUCGAGGGAGGCAACUUUACCACCGCUUACUUCAAGAGCUCCACCACCAUUCAGGACCUGUUCACGGUGGAUAAUGCGGAACCGGAUGCAGCGGCACGGCUUGCCGAAGUGUUAGAUCGUGAUCGGGAGAGGAAAGAUCGGUUGAAUACUAGCUUGGCGGCUGCUCCAGCUUCGACAGCAGCGUUACCAUCGGCUGCUGCUGCUGUCGUUGCUACAGGCGGUGAGGUUGAUAACAGCAAAUCGGCGAUAAAUGUAUUUGAAUCGGCACUGGCCGCAGCGGAAGAUGAUCAGGACGUGCAGGCGGCCAAAUUCGCUAAAGCCGAAGCGUCAGCCGAUCUGGACGAGUUCGACGAGAACAUACCGAUCGAUGAGGACAAAAUGGCGGUCGGUGCGGAUGCGGAUGGCAAGGAGCCAGAGUUGAGUAAAGCCGAAAAGGAAGUGCAGAAUCUUAUUAAACAGUUGAGUCCUGUCGAACGCUACGCUAUGCGUUUUGUGGAGGACACUGAAGGUACCUGGACUGCGGUGCAGUUGAAAGCGGUAGAGCAAGAGAUGGAGCAAAAGAAACGUGACUGGGAGGCGAACCGUUUGGCGGAGCAGCGGCGCAACGAGGAAGCGGCACGGAAGCGCGAAGCCGAAGAACGUGCCGACCUGCUGACCUUCUCCCGGGAGGAUGCCAAAAAUCAGAUAUGGAUAUCGGAUAACACGAUGGAGAAGAUGCCGAUGUGGUGCCCACCAACGCCUCCACAAGACGAUAACGAUCUGUACGUCGAUCAUUCGCUAACGUUUCUGUACGACACGUCGGACAUUAUUCCCGAAGCCGAACUUCCAGCCGUGUACGUAAAGAAGGAUUACAAACGUAGCCGUUCGGAGGCUGGCUUCUAUCCCGAUGGACGUCGACCACCGAAAAUACGUCGCGAAGAUACGUACUACGCACCGCGCUCUCUGUUUGAUCGGCCCACGCCGCAGAUGGCGAAACUGCGCAAAGAGUACAAGCUACAACGGUACAAGGGCAUCGUUAAACCAUUCCCACCGAUGCUGGCGCUAAAACCGACCACCAUACCCAUGAAACCACCCAUCGAACCGGAGGGCGGAAUACCCGAGUGGACGGUGUACGAAGAUAUGGCCAUCCUGAACGUGGUACAGAAUCUGCAAGGUUUACCACUGAACCUGAUGCUCAUCUCACCCGGUCACGUACCAAACUGGGAUCUGGUGGCGGACAUUGUAAACCAAACGUCGCGCACCUAUCGCCUACCGAAACAGUGCCGCUAUCGGUACGAGUCCGUCAUAAUGCCGCGCGAGGAAGGCAAACUACUGGAAAGUCCGAAGAAGCAGAAAAAGAACAAAAAUCCACAGAAGCAAUCUUCACCGACGACAACUAGUGGUGGAGGAUCAACAUCGCCUCCGUUACCACCGUCAGGCUCGUCACCAACGAAACAGAUACGUUCGAUGCGUACCGGGCAGCUGUACACGAACGAUGCAAACGGUUCGUUCAUUAAGUUGAUGCGCCAAAAGUUCGACAACAUCCGGACGGCGUUUGCGAAAAAACCAACGCAAGGAAAGUCGUCACUCUCGAACACCGUACCGGUAGCGUUGAAAAAUCCGAAACAUGCGCUUGUGCUAGUAAAGCAUGGCAUUACCGGGUACGAUACGCCACUGACGCCAGUCGAAAUUGCGACGCGUCGUGCCGAGCGGUUCCUGAAGGAAAAGCACAAACUUACCGCAGCUCAGGAACAACAACAACAGCAGCAGCAGCAACAGCAACAACAAGCUCAGCAGCAGCAGCAGCAGCAGCAGCAACAGGUGGCUGCUGGCAAUGUCGUACCGCAAACAACUGUGGUGACUACGAUUCAGCAACAGCAACAACAACAGGUCGGAACUGCAUCAUUGGUAGGUGUGCAACAACAGAUUGCUACGAGUCAGCAGCAGCAGUCUUCUCCCGUUGUUGUACAAACGCAACAACAACAACCCGCUCAGCAGCAACCAUCGGCAGCAACUGUCCAGGCGGUCACAGUUGCAAGCCCUGCUGCCCAGCAUAUACUCCAGCAGCAGCUGCAACUCCAAGCACACGCUAUUUCUCAACAGCAGCAAGUGGCUGUGCAAGGUCAGCAAAUAACGACUAUGGCCGGACAAGGCUUACAGCAAGCGACAAUCGUUGUGUGUGGUGUAUCAACGAAUGCUACCCCUACCGUGGCCACCAUCGUUCAGGCAGGUCGUGCUGCCCAACCAGGGGUUGUAAACAUCUGUGCGAGUCCGAGUCAGCAGCAGCAACAAACACAACAGAUCGUCAAAGCGAUUGUUGCCAGUCCGGCGAGUCAGAAUCUGCUGUCGCAGCAGCUAGCUCAGGUAGCGGCACAGCAGACCAACAACGCACAGCAGUCCGGUCAAUCCGGGCAACCUCAGCAGGUGUCAGUUGUGCUGACCACACCAGUCACUACGAUGUCCGGCGUAAAUUCGGUCCAACUAUCCGCUCAGCCACAAAUCGUAUCAAUUCAUCAGCCCUCAUCUUCGCAACAAUUGCUACAGGCUGGUGGGACCGCAACGAUAACGCAAGCAUCACAAUCCUCCUCUCUCGUGAGUCAGGUUUCCGGCGGUCAAUCGAUUCCGCAGGUCGUUUCGGUGGCACAGCUCGGUAGCGUAAUGACAACGACCGGUGGUGCGGCCAGCAGUGCCACAAUGCAGCCAACACAAAUCACCACCCUAACAACGUCAGCGUUACGCGCCCAGCGUAUAGUGGCUCCCACCGGCACACUGCAGGAAGUCGUACUACAUCAGCGUUCCGGAUCGCAGAGUCCAACCGUGGUCAGCGUUAGCAGCCUCGGUGGUGCUACACAGCUACAAACCGCCCAGCUACGCCUGUCGAUGGCCGGUGCACAGCAAGUGUCCGGCGUGGUGGCAAAAUCCAUCUCCGUCGGUACGGUAACGAGCGCUGGCAAGCCGGUAAACACACCGCAGAUACAAUUCUACCGCCAGCAGCCCAUUCGGCAGCAGCUGAAAGUUUUGCAUCCGGGAACGGCAACACAGGUCGCUACUACCGGUGGCGCAACGGCCACCGUACUGCAAACUGCUGCUGGUCAGCCUACGAUCGUGAGUCCGGCCAUCAUUCAGGGUAACAUCAUCCAGACGGGUACGGUCGGGCAGGCUGGUGUUGGUGCCGGCGGACCAACGGUUGGCAGCGCUGGCGGUACUGGUGCCGUGGUACAAAAGGUAGCGGGCGUAACGACGGUAACGGGAGGGAAUGCCGUGACGCAGGUUGUUUCGGCUGCCGGUGGAACUAUUGUGUCCCAAACGCCGACAGCCGUUGCGACCGGUACCGGAAGCACUAUCGCCACGGUGCAAAUGAUCCAGGGUCAGCCUCGUAUGCAGUACAUCAAGCAGCUCGGAACGAAGCAUAUGAUCACACGGCCGGUAACGGAGAACGAUAUGCAGCUGAUAAUGAAGCGUCAAAUUAUAAGCCAGCAACAGCAGCAGCAACAGCAACAACACCAGCAACAACAGCACAACAAACAGAUCAUACCGCAGGCACAAAUCUUCGCCCAAGCGAACCUCCAGGUGCAGCAGGCGGGAACAUCCGGCGGGCAGCAAAUUGCAACGCUGGUAAAAACAUCAAGCGGCACGGUGGCCGCUACCGGUAUGACACUGUCCCACGUAAAACCGGGCCAGCUGAAAACGAUUGGCAACCAGAGUCAGGUUCGGCAGCUACACAUACAGCAACAGGUGCUGGCUCAGCAGCAACGCAAGGGAGGAGCCGGGAAAAUGGCACAAAUUACGCACGUUGCCGGGAAGGUGGGAGGGCAGCCAACGCAGCUGUUUCUGCAGGGUUCGAAAAAUAUCGCUUCCGGUACGACGAUGACCAUGCAGAAGGUGCAGCACGUCAUACACCACACGCAGCAGGGCGGUGGACAGAUAGUGCUCGGCAAAACCGGCGUUAGUCGAAUGAUUCCAGUUUCCGUGUCGCAGCAAUCCAAUCGACAGGCGAUACAGGUUGUAUCAGCAUCAUCCGCUGCAGCUAUUGCGGCCGGUAACAUACGAAUGCAUGUACCGGGUCAGAAUAUCGGUACGAUUAAGGUAUCGGGCGGUACUACAUCCGCUCAGCAACAGCAAGUAAUUCUGAACGCCAUACAAAGUCAACAAUCGGCACGAUCCAACGCCAGCCCGGUACGUUUGCAAACGACACCCGGAGGCUCACUGGUGGCGGUAACGGUUCAGCAGCCGCAACAAUUGCAACAACAGCCACAACAGCAGGUAGUUGGUACGACCGUAACAUCGUCUGCGAACGUAUCGCAGGUGGUGACUAGUGGUGCCACUUCCGAUCCGAACCAAUCGGGUGGAACAGCUUCGGGGAGCAGCGUUGGUAACAACAGUGGAACCGGCAACGGACCAGUACAAUCCCAGCCAAGCACAGUCACGCAAGUAAGUUCUACGGGACAGCAAGUACUGACGCUGCAACAGCAACCGGGUACACAACAAACGGUAGGGCAACACAUUACCACCAGCAGCACAGGAAUAGUGCAGGCAGCAACGGUUGCAGUCGAUGGCGGCACUACCGUGUCAACGUCGGCCAGUGGUGCGUCUGCCCCUGGAGCUGCUACAUCCGUCGGUACCACACAAGUAUCGUCUGCGGCAGUAGUGGUGAGUUCAGCGGCUGUCGGAAGUGGUGGUGCCACAAACGCCACACAACCUGGACAGCAAUCACCACAGGUGAGUAUGAUCAAGAAGAAGCAGUCACCGAAUGUUGCGAAAUAG